AAGAUUAUUUCGGUUUCGAUUUCAAGGCGGAGGAACAAGGAAGAACUAGUAUAUCCGUUGCAGGUAGUCUACAUUAACUGAAAAUGGCUCUUCUAGACGUUUGCGGAAUAUCAGACUGGGUGAAAGAAGACACGUUCAGCGCACAGAAAGCCUCGGUUGACCGAGUUAACCACUUUAAUUUCGCAGCGCGAGAGCCAGAGCUGGCGGUCCCGCUCGGAGUGGACCCAGCUGAUUUUCUGAAACCCUUUACGGAUUGUGAGGAUGGGGUUGAGGGGGUCUCCAUUAAGCUGGAACAUGGUACCACCACUCUGGCCUUUAAAUUUCAGCAUGGUGUGAUGGUAGCUGUAGACUCCAGAGCCUCUGCAGGGUCAUACGUUAGCACCCAGAUGUUUAAGAAGGUGAUUGAGAUCAAUCCCUACCUUCUGGGAACCAUGUCUGGAAGUGCAGCAGACUGUGUGUACUGGGAGAGGCUCCUGGCCAAAGAGUGCAGGAUUUACAAGCUGAGAAACAAAGAAAGGAUUUCUGUCUCUGCUGCCUCUAAGCUGCUGGCUAAUAUGGUGGCAAAUUACAGAGGCAUGGGUCUUUCUAUGGGUACCAUGAUCUGUGGAUGGGACAACAAGGCAAGUUUUUAAUUCUGCAUGACUUAAAACAAGUUCCUGGACUUCCUUUCAAAUAAAUUAAGAAAAUGUUCUACCAUGAUAAACAAAUUCAGUGUGUCAUUAACAUAAAAAAUACUUUGAGCCGUUCUGAAUCUGUUCACAUUAUUUUCUUUUAAGUGUGUUCUUUAUCACAACUUGAGCAUUACAUUAAUGUACCUGCUGUGUCAAAACGCAUCAUUUCAGGGUCCUGGUUUAUACUAUGUUGAUGACAACGGGUUGCGACUGAGUGGGAACAUGUUUUCCACGGGGUCUGGGAACUCUUAUGCCUAUGGCGUGAUGGACAGUGGUUAUCGUUAUGACCUGACGGUGCCAGAAGCCUAUGAUUUGGCCCAGCGAGCUAUAUUUCAUGCCACCCACAGAGAUGCCUACUCUGGAGGAACAGUGAACAUGUAUCACAUGCAAGAGACUGGCUGGAUUAAAGUCUCUCAGGAGGAUGUUGGGCAGCUGUAUCACCGUUUUGCUGCAGAGAAAAAAUGAAAACUGCCAUUGAUCACUUUUUAUUGUUGAUUUACAGGAGUGAACAUACAAUAAACACUAUGAAAAAAUCCUGUUUAAU